GUCGUGAAUUCAUCAGUGUGUGUACACCAGCUUGACGGAUUGUCAAAUCGUACUCGUGUCAUAUUCAUAUUCCCAGUAAACCUCCAGUAACACUCAAUUUCCGAAAAUUUUCGAGAAUGGAGACGUAUGAGAGUGUUUUGCUAGUUAAAUCCGAGGUAUUCGUCUUUAAAAUACCUCCAAGGCCCUCAAACAGAGGACACAGAGCCGCAGAUUGGAACCUCCAGGAGCCAUCGUGGACCGGAAGGAUGCGUCUGGUAUCGCAGGGUGAUUCAAUAACACUCAAAUUAGAGGAUAAAAUAUCGGGAGAACUGUUUGCAAAAUGUCCCAUCGACACAUACCCAGGAAUAGCAGUAGAACCAGUGACAGAUUCGUCCCGUUACUUCGUCCUGAGGAUUCAGGACGACAACGGCAGAUCGGCAUUCAUAGGUGUGGGCUUCCUAGACAGAUCUGACAGUUUUGAUCUAAAUGUCGCCCUCCAGGACCACUUCAAGUGGCUGAAGAAUCGCGAUCAGAUUGAGAAGGAGAAGGAACAGCCCAAGCAAGAGUUAGAUCUACGAUUCAAGGAGGGUGAGACUAUCAAAAUCAACAUGAAGAUCACAAAGAAGGAUGGAAGCGAGGUGUCGUCUAAGAAUAAACAACGACCCCAGGGAGGAUUGGGACUACCACCACCACCUGGAGGGGUGAAAAUUGCUCCACCACCACCCAAAACUCCAACGUCAUCGCCUGCUCAUAAACCAGCUCAGAAUCAGGGUGGCUCGGAGUGGGGGGAAUUCGCUAGUGCAUCCCAGGGACAACAGCCAGCAACUUCUCCUGGAUCAACCAAUGCCAGUUGGGUGCAGUUUUAAUUCUCCCACAAAUAUCUGCACGCUCUUGUUCAAUUUGAUUGUUAAAACAUGUUGCGAAACACGUCUACUUCGCACAUAAAAUGUAGAAGUUGUUGAUUAUCUGAUUUAUCGCGAGGGCAUUGGGUUUCUCAAUUGAUGUGAAGCGUAACAGAACAGAACGGAAUAUUGAAUAUGAUUUUCUUUCGAUAAUGAAUGGCUCUAGGAGAAAAUUGCGUAAAUAUUUUUUUGUUGCAAAUUUCCUCAGCUACAUUGACCUUCUUGACAUAUUUUGACUUGAGUUGGUUUUUAAAAAGUUCGCCAGUGGAGAAAUAAAAUGGAAUGAACUAGCAUCCUCGAGCUACAUCUUGAGAAUAUUCUCUACAUUUGACAGUAUUAGUCCUAUCAAAGCCCGAAUAUUCGCAUAACUCAUCACAGUUGCUGUAAAAUCCCGUAUUAACUUCCUUCCAUCCAUAAUACCGUACUAGUAUCAAUUUCAGGGAAAAGGUCAUGUGAUACACAUGUCAGUUGUGAUAAAUUACGAAAUGUUUGAAUGGAGAAGUUGUCUGCCUGCAGUGGCCAUUCUGUUCUGUUCUGUUUACAAACAAAGAUGUGCAUGUAGAAUUUAUUUACGUUGCAGCAAUUUUUCACAUGGAGUUGGGAAAGAAUAGGGCAAAAUGGACACCUGGGAUGAAUUUCUGAACGUUAAUUACUUAAUAACUGCUGGAGUUGCCGGCGGACUUGUUCUAUUUUGUUGACAAUUUAUUAUUUUGCAUGAUUUUUUUCUGAAAUUUCUAUUUCUUUUCAAUUGUUCAAGUAUUUUGUUUUUGACGUGAAGAUUGAGAUAGAAUUGACUCCAUUUAGCCUAAGCUUUCCCUCUCCCGGUGAAAAUCCUUCAGAGCCUCGAGAGAUCGCUUCGUCCACGUGGAUAGGGCCUCCUUGCCACUGGCAUUUGUACAUAAACGAUUGAUUAGACGAUCCACGUCUAGCUUUAAAUUAUUAAAGCCUAAUAAUAACGAACUAACAAAUCAAUGACUAUUCACAACUUAAUGUCUAGUGUCUGUUGCUUUCCCCUCUUUAAUCUCACUUCACAGAGUCAAUGAUAUUUUUUGAAUGAUUACAAAGUGAUAUAUAUAUUCAUUUUUCAGUGAGCAUGCUUGUUAUUGGGCUGCGUUACAUGCAGAUCAACCAUUUUACUUUGUAAAUAAUGUUACCCUUUUUUCGACUCAGUGUUAUCUCAGUGAUGGUUGGAUGGGAGAAAUAUUGAGAUUUUUCUGAGUAUGCGGAUGAAUAUGGGGGUAAAUGAUUAUCGUACUCAUGGCCAACUGGGCAGCAGUUACACUACUUGCAGCUGUAUGAAUUGGAAAAAUUUUUAAGUUGAUUUUUUGGUCUAUUAAAAUUUGCAAACUGAUGGAUUUCAACGUUUCCCUCGAUUCACUGCAACACUCAUAAUUAUCCAAAUGAUUGAAACGUGAAUCGGUAAUGAAUAAAAAUAAUAUUGUUAUACAAUAGCAUCACGAUAUCUGAUUAGCAUUAGUUAUAAGAGAAGUGAUCACUUGUCGAUCGACGACGAAUAUUGUGGACAAAAAAACCUAUAUCAUUCCCAUGUAUAUUUUUCUGGAAAUAAAAUGAAACAAUCCGAAUAGUCAUAUUUUUUUAAGUUCCGUGGGGAGAAUUAUAUUGACAAAUUUAUGAAAUCAGCUUCGAAAUUAGGCUGACUAUUGUAGAGAUCAAAUAUUAAAUGAAAAGUACAUGCGAAAUAUCGUUGUGUGUACCUGUUGUAUUGGCGAGGCCAAAUCGUAUGUAAAUAGUUAAUAAAACUCAUGUAAGAUCGUUCAGCUGAGUAAAUUUAAACUGAAAUAUACGAGGUAAAAAGGAGAAAGCCAGGCAAAAUAAUUUUAUCAAUUUUUUUUGUAGUAAAAAAAAUUAUUCAACACUGAACAGAAAUCUGAUCUUUUCAUUCUGCCACGUUUUUUUCCAAUCGACCGCAAGAUAAUACCAAAAAGGAAAAAAAAAAUUAUAAAAACGACAGAUUGUUAUCACAUUCUAUUGUACUGUAUUAUUCUUCUGAUCUUCAUUAUAAUAAAUGGCAUGAAUUAGCA